AUGUCGGGGAUAGGGGCUCCACCUGAGGCGGAACAGUUCAGCGUAUUUGUGGGGGAUCUCACUCCCGAGGUGUCGGAUUUUGUUCUCAUGGAGUCCUUCAGGCAGUUCUACCCCUCGGUGACGAGCGCGAAGCCGGCGGUGCGCUGCGCGGCGGCGCGGCGCAGCGCGGCCCAGCGAGUCAUCACGGACCCGGCCACCGGCCGCCCCAAGGGCUACGGCUUCGUCCGCUUCUCAUCCGAGGCCGACCGCGACCGCGCGCUCGAGAUGCAGGGCUUCAACCUCGGCGGCCGCCCCAUACGCGUCAGCCUCGCCACCGCGCGCCGCUCCGGCGCCGCAGGCAGCGGCGGCUCUGGCUCCGGCGCCGCGGGCGCGGCGCCGCACCCCGCGGAGCUCGACCCGACCAACACGACGCUCUUCAUCGGCGGCCUCAGCGGCGGCGUGUCCGAGGAGCAGCUGAGGGCGCUGUUUGGGCAGUAUGGCGUCAUCGUGUACGUCAAAGUGCCGGCCGGGAAAGGCUGCGGGUUCGUGCAGUAUGUGGAGCGCCCUGCAGCUGAGGUGGCAAUGGCGUCGCUCAACGGCCAGGUCAUAGGGGCCAACGCAAUCCGCAUCAGCUGGGGCCGCUCGACCAGCCGCGCCCCCACCGCCGGCCGCGCCGCAGCCGCCGCAGCAGCAGCCGCCGCCGCCUCCGCCGCCGCCAUCCCCGCCUUUGGCGCCCGCGCGCCGGGCGCCGGGGCCGCGAGCGGCGCGCUCGCGGGCGGCGUGUAUGGCGGGGGCGUUUCCUUCGCCCAGCCCGGCCUGGCGGCGCUGGGCUACCCAGGGGCUUUCGGGGGCGGCGCCGGCGGCGCCUAUAUGAAUGGACAUGGCAACAUCCUGGCGCAGCAGCAGUAUGCGACAGACGGUGGCUUUGUCAUAUCCGGCGUCCCGCAAGGCGGCCUGCAGCCCGGUGGCAUGGCCUUUGUGGACCCAUCUGCGGCGGCGCUCAUAGCUCAGCAGCAGCAGCAGCAGCAGCAGCAGCAGCAGCAGCAGCAGCGCGUCCUGCUGGGGCCCGCAAGCGCGCACGGUGGCGCGGCUGCGCUCGACGGUGGCCUGCUAAUCGGCGGCUACCCCCUUGGGGCCAUGCAGGGCGGCCACGCCAUGCAAUUCGCCCCAGCGGCGGCCGGCGGGGUGGACGCCGCGUUUGGGGCAGCCGGCCAGCAGCAGCAGCAGCAGCAGCAGCAGCAGCUGAACCAACAGCAGCUGCUGGGCGCAGGGGGGUACGUGCUGCCUGCAAAUUAG